AUGAGCGACUCUGACAACGAGACUAAAAAGCCAGAUGUGCCUGCAUGGCAACUCCAAGGCGAUGAGAAACAGUCCGAUGAACCAGGAGAAGCAGUUGUUGAACCACCAAGUCGGACGUCAAUACUCGAGCAGGCGAGGAAGUUCUUAGAAGAAGAUGAAGUGAAGAAUGCGUCUGCGGACAAGAAGAUUGCUUUUCUAGAAAGCAAAGGUCUUGGAGGGGAUGAUAUAAAGGAGCUACUAGGUGUCUCUCGGGAUGAUGAAGCCCCAAAUACAUCUCUGGUUAAAACACCGGAAGCCAAACCACAACCUCAACGGCAGCCGCAGCCGCGAUCUUUACCUCCAACUACCCAAGCAAGCUAUUCGCCAGCACCUCGCGAUCAACCUCCUAUAAUAACCUAUCCCGAAUUCUUAGUUCAACCAUCUCCUUCCAGCCCUUUAAUUACCAAACACCGCCUUCUCACGACUCUCUAUCUCUUCGGCUCUUUCAGCUUCCUUCUUUAUGGCACAAAUACCUUUUUGAUACGGCCUAUGCUCAACACCCUCACCGAGUCCCGACGAUCCCUAUCUUCCGCCACUCUCAACAACCUCCAAAAGCUAAUCCACAAACUCGAAAAUUCCGUCUCCGAAAUCCCUCCUACCUACCACUACCGUAAAUCCUUCCAAUCCGAUUAUCUAGACUCUGAUUCUAGCUCCGGCACAUUGUCAUCACUACUAGAAGACUCGACAUAUGAAUCAUCCGCAAACGAAGAGCUAGAAACGAGAAUGACGAUGUUGAAGGAAUAUCUACAAGGAUUGGUUUUCCCAGCUCCGUUCAACUAUCGCUCUGGAGCUUAUUCGGAUGGACGUGAUAGAAAUGGUAAUGACAAGGAGGGAGAAGAUGAAUUUGCAAAGGUUAAGAGGGAGAUUAGGGGUGUUAAAGGAGUUUUGCUUAGUGCGAGAAGUUUUCCUGGGGGUGUUAGAGCGAAAUAA